UCCACCUCCUCCUCCCCAAAAAAAGUUUGGUGACUGAAGCAGCGAGCAGCAGAAGCAGCAGGAGGAGUUCAUCACUUUUCUCUUCUUUCUUUUUUUUCACAGUCGACUAUCUGUGUCUGCGGGGCUGAGACUGACGGCUUAAUUGGUUCCCUGAGGCGCUGUUUUCUUUUUUAAAUUCAGCUUUCCGUGCCGUCUACUACACCUGCCUGCCAAGCUGCAGCGCUGAUGGGCGCGGCUGGGACCGGUGCCCAAAUCUCUGUUUUGACUUGCCUGGGAAAGUUGAGCGAAAAGGCACAAAAGGACCGAGGAGUUUAAGAACAUCCCUGCAAGACGCGUCAGCCUCACAUAAACUUAUUGUUCCUCCAGCGGAUCAUCCUGAGAGGAACUUCUUCAUUUGUUCGAGCUGGCUGAAGAUAAGAUGGGAUGGACGAGUUAACGAGGCAGAUGGACAUCUCGGGAGAAAGGGCAGUUGUGACAGAAACCGUAACCACCACAACCAGGCUGACUUCUCUCCCACCAAAGGGAACCAGCGGAUCAAAUCACAGGAAUAUGUCCAGCAGUGCUGGAGGGCUGGGCUUGGAGAAGAAUGUCUUAACCCAGAACAGCAGUGGAACUUACUUCUCUACAUCCGCUGUCGGCGUGAACGGCGGUAGCUACAGCUCCUCCUCAGGAAUCUUCGCCGGAGGAGACUCCUCGGGAGGAGGCGAAGGUGGAGGGAGCUACAUAGAUGGAGAAAGCUACGGAAGUGUCAGCAGAGGAGGAGGUGGAGGAGGAGGAGGAGGUGGCGGAGGCGGCGGAGGGGGCAGUUAUCUCGUGAGCUCCGUGACAAAGGUCCGGUCCAGCUCGUCGGGCGGUGCCAGGAGGACGCAGACCGCUGGCUCAUCAGGAGGCCUGUCGCCAGCUUUCCGAGAGAGGAAGACCAUAUCCAGCCGCUCGGGAGGUUAUGACGGGAGCUCCAGUGCUAACUCCUCUCCAGAAUUUUCACGCAAAGAUUAUGGAAACUAUUGCUCCAGCAGCACGAGAGGGAGGAGCGAGAGCAGAGAGAGCGAGAUCAGAGCCAGAUUACAAAGUGCCUCCCCGACCGCCUGCAGAUGGACGGAGCUGGACGACGUGAAGAAGCUGCUGAAGGGACGCUCCAACAGCGUCAGCCCCACGCGCUCCUCCUGCGCCUCCAUCACGCUGCCUGUCCCUAAGAAGGCCAGCGUGGAGACCAAGACCGUCUCGGUGGCCUCCCAGUCAGCAGUUUCCUCCUCAUUUGGCUCUGGUGCCAGAUCAGGCUUCAACACCAUUGACAUAUCAGGCCUGUAUGAUAACGGUCUGACAUCUGGCCAGCUUGACACUGGUGUCAAAACCAGCCAAUAUGACGUCACUGUGACGUCCGGCCAGUACGAUACUGGUGUCAAAUCCAGCCAGUAUGAUGUCAGUCUGAAAUCAGACCGCUACGAUACGGGUCUAAAGUCUGGACAAUAUGAUGCCAGUCUGAAAUCAGGCCAGUACGACACUGGCAUGAGGUCAGGUCAGUAUGACACGCUGGACGCCAUUCUUCCCACUUUCUCGUGGUCCACGUCCACGCUGCCCUCCACCUCCACCACGGUCGUCGCUGGCAACACCAGCAGCUACUCCUACCAGGUCGGCACCAACAACAUGGCGGGAGGCACCUUGCCGCUCAGCGCCACCUCGCCCUCGUCCCUGUCAGUUUACGGCUUUCAGAACAAUCUGGCGCCCACCUCUGCCAGCGUCCUCACCACCAACGGAACCAAUAUCAACGCCAACCUCGGGGGAUAUGGUGUUCAGAAGAACGUGUCAAACGGCGGCACCAUCAUCAGCACUGGAGUUUCUACAACCGCUAGAUCCCAAACUGAUGAUUCCUAUAAGCAAGGCUACAAGUUCAUUUUGUCUGAGAAGGAGAACGUUCCAGCCAAGAGGGACACAGAAUUGCUCAUUUUGGCAAAAGACAGCGGAAAGCAGUUCACCAGCAGCAGCAGCGUCCAUGUAGGAGGAGGUUCUCUGUCAGGAGAUUCAAUAAAGAAGGAGAAGCUUAUUUCCAGCUACACUGAGACGAUGCCACUCAAGUCAGAGACAGGCAACAGUUACUAUGGAUCACCUGGAGUUGUAAUGAAAGACAAGGCCACCUAUGCAGAGAUCCACAGGGACAGCGGCAUGUUCGGAGGCGGUGGAUUUUGCUGCUGCUCCGACUCGUGCUGCUCCUGGUGGAAGUGGCUGCUGGGUCUCCUCCUCCUCUCCCUGCUCCUGCUGGGACUCCUGUUCGGCCUCAUCGCCCUGGCUGAGGACGUGAGAAAGCUGAAGAAUCGAGUGGCGACGCUGGAGGCCGAGUCCUCGGUCACCGCUGCUCGCACCAGUCGACUGUCCGGUAACUCCAACGACAUCAACACCUACGUUGUGGAAGGCGGAGGAGCCGGCGGCACCUCUGACAACACGCUGUACCUGGGAGCUGGUGGUACUGGUGGAGGAUCAGGCUCCAGAACACGAAUCGGGGUUGCUGCUGGUGCUGGUGGUGGCUCUGCUGGUACCAAUGGCGUCGACAUCAGCCUUGGAAGUGCCGGUGGUGGUACAGGUGCUGGUACUGCAGGUGCUGGUGCUGUUGCUGGUGGUGUUGCUGGUGGUACUUCUGGUGCCAGGGCUGGAGCUGCAGGCGCCGGUUCCAGUGGCGGUGCUGGUACCAGUUUCCAUGGCAGUGCAGGCACCGGUGCUGGUACCAGUUUCCAUGGCAGUGCAGGCACCGGUGCUGGUACCAGUUUCCAUGGCGGCGUUGGCGCUGGUGAAAGCGGUACCAGCUUUAGCACCAGCACUGGCCUCGGGGCCGGUGUGGGCGGAGGACACGUGGACUCUGCUGCCCUUCAGAUGACCAUCCAGCACAUGUUAAGAUCCGAAAUGCAGUCACAGACAUUCAGAGCUUUUCUAGCAUCCUCGGUGCAGGGAGAGAGAGGACCACCUGGACCUAAAGGGGACACUGGACCUAAAGGAGAUCAUGGUUUCCCUGGAUCUCCAGGUGCUCCGGGUAUAAUGGGUCACGCAGGUCCUGAGGGUCCCAAAGGACAGAAAGGAAGCACAGGUGAUCACGGACAGGAGGGACAACAAGGUCUCAGGGGUCGUGAGGGCCCAGUUGGACCCAGGGGAGAGCCCGGACCUCCAGGGUUUGGACUUAAAGGUGAAAGAGGUCCUACUGGAGAGCCUGGGGUUACUGGUCCUGUUGGACUUGCUGGUGCUCCCGGACCGAAAGGCUCAGCAGGAAUUCCCGGGAUCCCAGGCACACCAGGUCAACCAGGAUCUCAGGGCUUCCGAGGCGAAGCAGGACCACCUGGACCUAAAGGUGACAGAGGACUUGCUGGCUUCCAAGGAAUGAAAGGUGACGCUGGUGAGAGAGGUCCCACAGGUAUCAAAGGUGAUCCUGGUUUGCCAGGUCUGCAUGGUGAGAAAGGAUCUAAGGGAUCAAUGGGAAUUUCUGGACAAGAUGGAUCAAGAGGUGACCAAGGCCAUGCUGGACCACCUGGACUCAGAGGUCCUGCUGGGCCUCCUGGAGAUGCUGGACUUCCAGGAACACCUGGGCUUCAAGGACCACCAGGGAUUGCAGGGAAUCCAGGACGACCUGGCAGCAAAGGUGACCCUGGUGAGGCAGGAAGAAUCAUCAAUGCAGCUGGCUCCACCUCUGUUGGCAUCCCAGGACCACCCGGGCCUGCUGGUCCCCCCGGCCCUGCAGGACCUCCAGGAUUAUCAGGUCCCAUUGGCCCUGCUGGUCUUCCUGGCCAACCUGGUUCUAAGGGCGACAGAGGGUUCAAGGGAGACGCAGGAGAACCAGGAAUAUCAGUGAGCAGGAGUGAGAGAGUGAGCUCCAGCAGGGCAGAGAGGCAGUUUGGUGCUAAUGGAGGCGCCGCACUUCCUGGCCCACCCGGCCCACCAGGUCCACCCGGGCCCCCAGGCCAGCCAGGUUACGGAAGACCAGGACCUAAAGGAGACAAAGGAGACCCAGGCUUUUCAUCCAGCUCUGGAUCAUAUUAUCCUGGACCACCAGGACCACCCGGGCCUGCCGGGCCUAAGGGAUCAGCAGGUUCUCCUGGACCGAGGGGAUACCAAGGUGAACAAGGCCAGCCAGGUGUGCCAGGUAGUCCAGGAAGACCAGGAGUCUCUGAGACAGUGUCGAGUUAUGGUGGAGGACGUGGGAUCCCUGGACCACCAGGUCCACCAGGACCUCCAGGACUUCAAGGACCUAUGGGACACAAAGGGGACACUGGAGCUCCUGGGAUUCCAGGCUCUUCAAGAGGCGGAUCAGUCUCAGGUCCUCCUGGUCCUCCAGGUCCUCCUGGGCCUCCUGGCCUGCCAGGCUCCUUUGCUUCCUCUAAUGACAUGCGGCAAUACGUUACUGACUAUCUAGGUAGAAUGAGUCAGAGUGGUAUCCCUGGACCUCCAGGUCCACCUGGACCUCCAGGAAUCCCUGGAACCUUCUCAGGCUCUAUGGAGGACAUCUCUGCCCGCAUCAUUGCAUACCUGCGACGUUCAGAUUCUGGCUUCAGCUUUGGCGGUCAGGGUCCUCCAGGACCACCUGGUCCUCCUGGACCUAGCUCCGGAUCCUUCACAGUCAAUGCUCUCAUCACCAUGCUUCAGAGAGAUGAUGUGAGAAGAUAUUUGUCUGGACCACCUGGGCCACAAGGACCACAAGGACCACAAGGGCCACCAGGGCAGCCAGGAGCAUCUGGGGCAUCUGGGGCAUCAGGUGGACAUUCAGGAAAUUACAGAGUAGAAGAAGUAGCCCAAUAUGUCAUCAACAUCAUAAAUGAGAGAGGGCUUACUAGAGGGCCACCUGGGCCACAAGGUCCUCGUGGGCUUCCUGGGCCUCCUGGUGCUGGAGGCUCUGGCUUCAGUACCGCUACGAUCGACUAUUCUGCACUGAUGAGAAAUGCAGACUUCCGCUCAUGGAUGAACUCUAAUGUACAACAAGGUCCUCCUGGUCCUCCGGGAACUCCAGGCCGAGCUGGCCCUGCUGGCCCUCCUGGCCCUCAGGGGCCACCAGGAGUGUCCAGUUCCACUGUGUAUGGGUCUGGAGGUCAUGGCUACAGCAUGGAGGACAUUCAGCGUUACCUGCAAAAUUCUGGCUUCAGAGGUCUUCCUGGCCCUCCUGGUCCUCAGGGUCCACAGGGACCGCAGGGUCCACCAGGUGGUUUCUCUGGAUCGGUUUCUUAUGGUGGAAACUUCCCUCGGGAGAGCAUCCGCGCUGAAGUUCAGGAGUAUCUGACCAGUGACAACAUCCGCCGGGCCAUCGUCGGGCCUCCAGGGCCUCAGGGUCCAAGGGGUCAGAAGGGAGAACGUGGAGAACGUGGAGAGCCGGGUUACAUCCAGGGCUACACACAGGGCCAGAGCUACGCUCAGAUUGACCCUCGCUACGGCUCCGGCCGAAGAGACCUUGAUGUCAGCAAGCUCACAGAGACUCUGGACUACUCCAGUGUCGCCAUGAAAGUUACUGACUACAUCAAGAAUCAAGGCCUGCUUCAAGGCUACCUGGUUGAGGGUCCUGCAAGGGCGAAUGUCAGAGCCAUCCAAGGCCCCCCUGGUCCCCCCGGCCCUCCCGGACCAGCUGGCUACAGCCGCGUCAUCGGAACCUACGGCAAUGUCACAGCUGACCUCAUGGACUUCUUCAGAACCCAUGGCACCAUCCCCGGCCCUCCUGGAGUCCCCGGACCACAGGGAGACCGAGGCUACCCAGGACCCAAAGGAGACAAAGGUGAUCCCGGACGCCCAGGUUUACCCGGAAUACCAGGCUCAUACUCUCUCCAGAUCCCACACAGAGUCCAGAAGAGGGAUGCAGAAAACAAAGUGGUCGGCCGUCGUCAGAGGAAUCGCCGUCAAGCCAGAGGUGGCUAAAGGGUUAACGUACUACUGCAACAUGUCACGUUUCAUUUCAGUUUUUCUUGUCUUUUUUCUUAGGUGUUCAACUGUACCGAUACAAGUAGUAAGAAAAAAAAAACAAAACUCUUUAUUGAUGCCAUCUGUAGAAAAGUCAGUUUAAGAAAAUAAAAGCAGCCAUAAAAAUGCAUCAGUGUCUUUAACACGGCUUCAGUAGAGGUAGAGAUUCAACUGCUGGUCAGUGUUUUCGUGACACAGACUUCAUCUUUUUCGACAUGUGGGUGUAUAAUGUUUACUUUGCUUGAUUAGAAGCUUGCAUUCCGACCUUUUUUUUUUCCAGGGGCAGCUUUGUUUAAGAGAAUAUAUAUUUUUAAGCAACAACUAGCAGCCGCUGAUAUUUUAUUUGCUUUUUUUUUUUUCUCCACUGAGUGUCUGGUGUAUUAUUUUUUUUGUAACUGUUGUCGUAUGAGGAUUAUAUUGUUUUGAGGACUAUAUCAGUGCUAAAUGCAUUCAUUUUUCAUUCACCCCAAACAAAUUACCAAACAACAUGCUCUUUAUAAAGCGUGAAGCUGGCGGAUCAGUCAGAGUGAGGGUCAGUUCUAAACGAGGGUUAUAGGGAACAGGUUUAAUUGAAAGCUCUGUUGGUAAGGGAAGACAUAAAUCAAGUUGGUUGCAUGGUUGAAAGACAGCGACUCAGAUGAUCACUCAGAAAUAACUGGCUGGAUUGUAUAUUUUUGUGUGAAAGCGCACUGAAUUUGAUAUAUAUUUUCUUUAUACCUUUAAGUGUUAGAAAGAUUAAAUUAUAAAAUGUUCCCAGAUUAUGUUUUACAUGAUUGAACUUAUUGACAUUUGAUCGAUAUGUCUGAAAGACACAAAAAAUAAAUCUAUUUUUGGAUUUGUGA